AAAGUGUAGGUUCACUCGGAUUUCAAUUAAAUCAACCACUCAACAUGUUUGUUAUCAUUUUGUAAACAUGAGAGAAACGUGAGGAACAUUUACUUUUUGGAUAAAUAUAUAUUAUAAGUUAUAAGGAGAUAUAUUUUAAAAGUUCUCAAUUUUAAUUGCCUCACUUGAUUUUAAUUACUAGUUUCGUGAUUUCACAAUGGCAAAGCCUUUACUUACCUACAAUUUUUCAAAAGACUUAACUCUGAAAGAAAAUUUUACGGUGCAAAACCAAGGUUCAGAGGCAAAAAUUUAUAUUGGUACAUUUCUCGAGAAGCCUUCUAUUCUAAAAGAACGAUUUUCUAAAAAGUAUCGUCAUCCCGAUCUUGAUAAAUUACUCACAUCGGAGCGCAUUCGCGCUGAAGUCAGAGCUCUCAACAAAUGUCACGAAAUUGGUAUAAAGUGCCCUGCUAUUUAUUUUGCAGACUUACAGGCUCGCUCUAUUAUACUUCAAGAAAUAACCGGCUCAAUAACUGUCAAAGAAUAUUUAAAAUCUGUUCAAACGGAACAUGGAAUCGAUGGAAUUAAUACCUUAACACCUUUAGCCCAGAAAAUUGGUGAAGGUAUUUCUAAAAUGCAUAAAAAUGAAUUGGUUCAUGGCGAUCUUACAACCUCUAAUCUACUUUUGAAAAAAGACCAUUUAGAUGAUAUUUCCGGGGGUUCUUUUGAUGUUUAUUUUAUUGAUUUUGGUUUGUCAAAGAGAGACGUUAUGAUUGAAGAUAAAGCUGUUGAUUUGUAUGUGUUAGAACGUGCUAUUUCGAGUUCUCACCCAAACUCUGAAAAAUUCUAUUCUGCAAUACUUCAGCAGUAUUUAAAGACACUUGGUAAACAAUCUUCAGCUGUAGCUGAUAAAUUAGAAGAAGUUCGUCAGCGAGGUCGGAAAAGGUCGAUGGUAGGAUGAUGUAUUGUGAUUAAGAUAAAUAAAUAAGAUUUGCCUGCUA